AUGAUUGAUGUAUUACAGAGUGUAGGAUUCAUAGGGCUGGGAAAUAUGGGAUCCAGAAUGGCAAAUAACCUGAUCAAGAAUGGAUACAAAGUGGCCGUUCAUGACAUAAACUGUAAUGUCAUGAAGAUGUUUUCUGACGAGGGAGUUCCAACAAAAGAAACACCAUUUGAAGUUGCAGAAGCAAGUGAUGUUGUAAUAACAAUGCUUCCAUCUUCAUCACAUGUAUUGGAUGUGUACACUGGACAAAAUGGUUUGCUUCAUGGUGGAAUUCUCUUGAGGCCACAAUUGUUAAUAGAUUCAUCUACAAUUGAUCCCCAAACAUCGAGAAAGGUUUCUGUAGCAGUAUCUAACUGUAUAUUAAAAGAAAAGAAAGAUCAUUUGGAGAAACCUGUCAUGCUGGAUGCUCCUGUGUCUGGAGGUGUUCUUGCUGCAGAAGCGGGUGCACUUACUUUUAUGGUUGGUGGCUCUGAGGAUGCUUAUCUUGCUGCCAAACCCUUAUUUCUUUCGAUGGGCAAAAAUGCAAUUUAUUGUGGUGGAACAGGAACUGGUUCGGCAGCAAAGGUUUGCAACAACUUGGCAAUGGCUGUGAGCAUGCUAGGGGUGUCAGAAGCCCUUGCUCUUGGCCAGUCACUUGGAAUUGCUGCUGGUACCCUAACAAAGGUUUUGAACACCUCAAGUGCUCGGUGUUGGAGUAGUGAUACUUAUAAUCCAGUUCCGGGAGUGAUGGAAGGUGUGCCGGCUUCAAGGAAUUAUGCAGGUGGAUUCACAUCUAAGCUCAUGGCUAAGGACUUAAACCUUGCUGCAACAUCAGCCGAGGAGGUUGGUCUUCAGUGUCCACUGACAUUCCAAGCACUAGAGAUAUACACAGAGCUCUGUAAGGAUGGACAUGAAAGCAAGGACUUCUCCUGUGUUUUCCGCCAUUAUUACAGCGGCAAGGAUGAACUUUAG